AUGUCCGACAACGAUCAACAUUGGUCGAUAGACCCCUCAGACUCGGAAGUAAAUGAGUCUGGUGACGGGCAGCCGGCCAAACGACAGAGACUUCAUGGUGCUUGCGAUAUGUGUAAAAAGAAGAGAAGUGACAGUGCUGUCAUGCCUGACAAAAUAUGUUCCAAUUGCAUCGCGGCGAAGAUUGAAUGCGAACAUACAAUUCCUCGGAAAAAGAACCGCGACAGGCGACAAGAGUACAUCCUCCACCUUGAAGAGAAACUGCACAAACUGGAGGAAAUUCUAGGAGUUGCCAGCUCCUCCACACCGGGUGCACAGGCUGACGGCAACGGGGGCCUCACCAGUACCAUCCCGCCACCCAUCCCCCGAACGAUGAGUCGGGCUGGAUCUCCGCUUCCAGCGAACGGUAUCCAAGAGGAAGGCUGGGAAUCGGACGAUAGUUCAGACCUGUCCUUGGGUGACAAGAUGCAUCUGCUGUCCAUGGAAACACGGGAACAUAAAUUCUUCGGAAAGGCAAGGUCGCUCUCUAGAGUGCCCGAUGAACGAAGAUUCACCUUCGUGCGAAGUCCUGCAAUGUGGGGACUGCGACCGUGGGAGCGGGAAUAUGCAGAGUCUCCGGAACCGGAUUAUAAAUUUCCAGAAGCCGACCUCCUGGAAUCGCUGUUGGCCGUAUAUCGUGAACAAGUACAUCCUCAGCUGCCAGUCCUGCAUUGGCCUUCAUUCCUGCGGGAUGUUCGAAGUGGGCGCCACCUCAGGGAACCUGGAUUCGGCAUGGUUUUACUGGCGGUUUGUGCGAACGCAUCGCGACUCACUUGGGAUGAACGUGUUAUGAUGGUGGACCAUGACAAUCCUGACCUGUCGGGGCCGUCGGCGGGUUGGAUGUUUAUCGCACAGACCCCGCUUAUCCGGAAGUCCAUUGUUGAUCAAGCGACGAUCAUCGACCUGCAGUAUUACGCCUUGGCUGUGUUCUACUUCCUUGGAACGUCGUCACCUCAAACUGGGUGGAAUCUUCUCGAAAUCGCGAUGCGUUUUGCAAUAGAAAUGGGGCUGCAUCGGCGAACGGGGGUGUCUCCUUUUCAAAAGUCGAAGUGGCAGUCGGAACUCGAGAAACGCAUUUUCUGGCACGUUCCUUGUUGCAAAGAUCUGUCAUACAGGCUCGCUGACCUCGUAGACAGGUCACUGCUUAUGCUGGAAUGGCACACCAGCACCUCCACAGGUCGGCCACCCUGUCUCCAUGACGAAGACAUCGACAUUGAGUAUCCCAUCGAGUGCGAUGAUGAGUAUUGGGAUUCGGAAGUAGACGAUCCAGACAAGGCUUGGAAACAGCCUCCUGGCAAGCCCAGUCUGAUCACCGCAAUCAACUUCAGUCUCAAGCUCUGUGAAAUCGCAGCUUUCAUGCACAGAACCUUGUAUUCAUCAAGAAAGUCGAAGCUCCUCACUGGGUCCAUCGGCGAAGCUUGGCAGAGGAAGAUCGUAGCGCAACUUGAUUCCGCCAUGAAUCGAUGGAAAGAUGGUCUACCGCAGCAUCCUGAUGCUCUAUUCGGCAUUCCACUAGAUCCACCGCCCAUUUUUGAAGUCUCAGUCGGCUAUGGCAAUCCCAGCCAUGGCGAUUUGCAUGACUGCUGCUCGGGCCUGCACUCGAAUGGUCGACGCUGUCAUGAGAAGGCAGAUGGUACCACCGGGAAACAUAAUGCCGCCGCUGUUCUUUUGACCAAUGGCUGGGGUCGACGGGGGCCCAGGUUGACUGCUCUCCUCCCAAAGGAAGUAGAGAAUAUCCAUAUCCUCAUCCGUUUCCUAAAUUAUUUGGGGGAAAGGUAUCAUAUUGCUGGUCGGUUCUCAGAUAUCCUGACCUCAGUCGCCUUGUGGGGAGGUCUAGCGGGCCUUCCUGUCGAAUCCGCAUCUUCCGGUGCAGGGAACCGUUCUGGAGACGCGAGAAAUAUGACGGCACCAUCCGACCCAGUCUCGACUCUAGGAACGUUCACGUUACCGUCCGAAUCUAGAAACUUCUCUCCACCCUCCACCUCUUCAGCCACUAGCGGUCCCUCCCAGUUUUCGGGACAUCUCCCUCCCUCGAACCCCGACUGGGACCUUAGCACGCUUUUGCUGACCCAGCUCGAGUAUGCCGAAAACGGCUCUACCGCAAGGCCUUCGAUGCCUUGGGGCCCGAAUAUGUUUAAUGCACAGUCUGCUUGCAACCAUUCGGUACCGGGUGCCAGCUCCUUUGGUUCUAUGAACCAUUCCAUGUCGCCAGCUGAUACUCCUGGGAACCCGAUGUCGACGUGGAUGGCGGCACCUACGGCAUUCAGUUUGAGCGAAUGGGACCGCCACUUGGCAGGUCUUGCUCAACAACCACCGUUGCCUAACGACUUCGGUUUCUCCUCGUAA